AUGAGCCUCCUCAAAGAACGCAAACCCAAGAAGCCUCAUUACAUCCCAAGACCACCGGGAAAGCCGUUCAAGUACAAGUGUUUCCAGUGCCCCUUCACUUGCAAUGAGAAAUCCCAUCUCUUCAACCACAUGAAGUACGGCCUCUGCAAAAACUCCAUCACUUUGGUGUCGGAGCAGGAUCGAGUCAUCAAGUGUCCAAAGAGCAGUUCCCUGGAGCCCAAACAGAUCAAUCAGCUCGAACCUCCCGUCAAACCAACCUCCUCCAAAUCUGUCACAAACGGACUGUCGAGCCUCGAUUCAAAGCCUCAGUAUCCUUUUGCAAAAGAAGAUGCCAAGGAGAACGUUGAGUUACAAAACCAGGCAACAAACGCAGCGAUUCAAGGACAGAAACCUGCGAUCCCGAAGGAAAUAAGCCCUGCCAGCUCCGCAGCAGAAAGUGCCCUCAGCGUGCAGCCCCUGAUGGAGGGCAUGGUGAGGCCCUCGGCCUUCGUUCCCGUUGGAGAACACCGGGACAGCAAAGGCCCAGAGAUCAGUGAAGCGUCUGAAAUCCUGUCCCUCUCUAACAAAAGCUCCCCCUUCCACACCAAGUCUGCGUUUCAUGCACCAGCUCACCCGUGGAAGGCGGGUUCUCCUUUCCUCCCAGAGUUUCCACACAAAGUCGCUCCCACAAAAGGCUUUGGUUCCAUUUCACCUUACAUGCAGCCGAUGAUUCCCGAGUACUCCCCCCACUUCUAUGAGCACAGGCUGGCCAUCUACACACCCUACCUGCUCCCAGGUAACUCGGAGUGUGAAAGCUCUGCCCUCUCUGUCUAUGGAGCACAAGAUCAAAGACACUUUCUUCCCCACCCUGGGCCACUUGCAAAACCCAUAAAUCCAUCAGCAUACGAACACUAUCGACUGUUCCAACAAUAUCACUCCACUCCACCGAUACCAUAUGGAUUUUGUAGGCCAACAGAUCCCCCAUUUUACAGAUUUUCACACGUAGCUGGUAUAAACAGGGAUCAAAACUCUCAUCUGAUGGAAGAAACUACCUUGCUGUACCCAGCUUCUUUAAGCCCUUCCCAACAAUACCCUCUAAGCUCACAUAAAAAACAAGCAGAUUAUGAAAAAGAAAUGACAUUGUUGCACAGCAAAGGUAACCCCAAGGAUGACCAAAAUGAAAGAGAGAAUGCCAAAAUGAGCCCUCUCGCGGGCAGCGCAGCAACGGGCUCCCCUGGCAGACCCAGCCCCACCAACUUCACCCAGACAAGCCACGCGUGUGAGGGCUUAUUUGACCUCUCCAACAAGUCAUCUUCCACAUCCCUGGGCAAGUAUGACCAACCAGAAGAAAACUUCACAGCCUUCAGACCCGUGAGAAAAAGCACUGACCAAGCGACUGCACUUCCAGGUGUGCAGACACAGCAGGAGAGAGGGGACUCACCCACCAGCAUUAACGUCACCGAUGAAGACUCACACACACAGCCUGAUGGCCAGAACAACGCGGGCUCGCUGUCCAACGCGGAGGAAGACACGGGGAUAGCUCCUCUCAAUCUCUCCAAAAAGGCCGACACAAGCACAGGACCUAUCCACGAGCACGUGUACAAAACCCCACCCAAACCAGACAGGCAGAGCUUUCUGGACCUGCAGGACGUGCCCCUGAACCUCUCGGUGAAGGAUUCCUGUAACACAGCGAGCCUGAAAACGUCCUUCCACAGCCCGUCUCAGGACAACGGCACCGCCGCCCCCAGCACCGAGAGCGAGAGCUCCGGGGUGGAGGGAGGCAACCCCAAGAACCCCACCAGCAGCGCCUGUGACAAAUCCUUCCCGGGACAGCGCGGCGAGGCUCAGGAUCUGCGGCUCAUGGAGAGCUGUGACGAGCAGAAGCAGACGGCGGCCGUGGCCCUGUGCCAGCUGGCCUCGUACAGCCCCGGCACGGCCCGGCUGGACAGCGACGGGCAGAGCCCCCAGGACAGCAAAGCUCCGGCCACGGAAGCCUCCCGUAAUUCCUCUGAUGCUCAGGAUACUCAGUGCAACCAGAAAGUGAAAGGGCAAAAAAGGACAAAUCAAAAGGAAUCCGCAAAGGCCCAGCAAGGCGCUAAGAGAGUCAGGCCCAAUGACUGCAGCAGAGUCUUCACCCUGAGGAAGAGGACAAGAGUGUCCUAAUCCUCCCCUUUCUGGUCACAGGAGCUGGUUACCAGCAACAUCACGAAAUCCCUACAACCUGUCUCUCAUUGGACUUGGCCCUUGACAAGAUGCAUUCCAUCUCUCCAUUGUAAAUAAUGUUUAUAAUUUUAUAUUAAUAUUUUUAAGUAACUGAACUUUGCCUUGUAUAAGCUCAGGUUUUGAUGAGUGAAUUUUUGCAUUCAUUACUAAAGUCAAAGUACAUUAGAUGAAUCUUCAAGGGGUUUUUGCAAUUGUAUUGAUGUAAAAUAACUUUUACAACUUCUUUUCUUAAAAGAUGUUUAAGCUCUAGAAAUAAUAUUGCUCAACAACACGCUGUCAUAGUCUUUUUUCAGGCUUAACUUCAUCUAGUAGAGGGGGUUUUUGUCUUUUUUCUUUGAAAACCUUUUCAUGUCACUGUGCAGUAGUUUAAAUAAGCUUAAGAUUAAACCUGGCUAUUCAGAAUUUACUGUAAA